AUGGCGCCGCCUCGCUCCCCCGCAACCUCGGCCAAGCGCGGCUCCUCUUCCAGCGCGCCUCCGAGCCCUAGCCCCGCCCCUCUGGCCGCGGACGGCGCAUCGAAAUUGCUCCUCCGCGCGGCGCACGACGGCGACCUCCGCCUCCUCAAGGGGCUGGUGCGGGAGCUGGAUAAGGGCAGGGGCCGUCCCAGGGAGGUGGUGGAGGCGGCGGAAAAGGAGGCAGGCUUCAGGGCGCUCUUCAUGGCCGCCCGGUACGGGAGGCUGCCCGUCUGUAGGUACCUGGUCGAGGAGCUAGGGGUGGAUGUCGACACUGUCCACGCCGAAGAAUUACCAUUUGGAUUCUCUUUUCAUGAUUUCUUUCUCUACUCAGGAGACCGUAAUAUGGUGGAACUCUUGCUUGCAAAAGGAGUUAGUGUUGACCCAGUAUCUGGUGGUGGGACACCAUUACAUGCCGCUGCCUCCGAUGGGCAUCAUGAAGUUAUGAAAAUUUUGUUGAAGAACAACGUGGAUUAUAACAAGAUGAUACCUGGUAUUGGCACCCCCCUUUUUGUUGCUAUAAAUGCUUCCUCAGUGAAAUGUGUCCAGCUCCUGGUUGAGGCUGGUGCGGAUGUCAAUGAUGGUAUUGUAACCCCUUUAGGUGCUGCUGUGUUGAAUGGCGAAACUGCAUGCAUUAAAUGCUUAUUGGAAGCUGGUGCUGACCCUAAUGUUCCUCAGCCCGCUAGGCUGCCAAUAGAAAUCGCUGCACUGAAUGGUACAAGGGAAGAUGUUGAGAUCUUAUUUCCUGUAACUUCUUGUAUUCCAACUGUGAAUGAUUGGAGCAUCGACGGAAUAAUACAACAUGUAAAGUCAGAGUUCAUAGAGGAGGUUGACCUUAAUGUAAGUAAAAUAAGAGAGUUGAGGUCACUUGCGGCUAAAUCUAUGAAGAAAAACGAUUAUUAUACAGCGGCAAUGCUGUACAGUUUGGCAAUGGGGUGUGACCCUCAUGAUGCUACCUUGCUCUCAAAUAGGAGUCUUUGCUGCCUCCGCAUGGGCGAUGGACACGCGGCUUUGCAGGAUGCUCUUGCGUGCAGAGAAAUGCGGCCUAACUGGCCAAAGGGCUGUUACCGUCACGGCGCAGCGCUCAUGUUAUUGAAGGACUACGGAAGCGCAUGCGACGCUUUUCUGGAUGCGGUUAAAUUAGACCCACUGAAUCCCGAUAUCGAGGCCGCAUUGCGGGAGGCUUUGAGUUCCUUGAAGAUAUCUCAUUACAUGACGAAGUCCUUCUACUAG